AUGGCCCCUAAAAAUUACAGCACACUUUCAGAUUCCGGGCUCAGCUCGGCGCUCCAGCUUAAGCAGAAAUUGCUGGCUAAACAGAAACUGCAGCGUCCAUCCAACAGCAAAACUAUGGCAUCUGUGCGCGAAAAACUGCACCAACAAGAACAAAGGCGACGCGAAAAACGCAAGGCCAGUAGCGUGGGCUUGGAUAAGAAAUCCGAGAAAGAAAAACCUAAAAUUAAGCGAAGGAAACAAGAAAAGAAAGAAUUAGAAGAAGAAUAUGAUGAAGAAGAUGGAGAAGAAAAAGAAUCUGAGGAAGACGGCGAUGACAGUGAUGCUAACGAAGACGAGGUUUCGGUAAUGGACAUGAUGCGACGGCAAUUUGAGAUGCAGUUUGGCAAGGUUGCUGGCGUUACUGAUCCAGUUAAAAAGGAUAACAAACAAAAGAAGGAAAAGAAAGAAAAGAAGAACGAAAAAAGUAAAAAGACGAAAAAAGCAUCCAAGCAAUCUCACAAGAAAAAGACUGAAGAAAAGGAAGAUGAAUGGGAUAUUGAGAUACCCCAGCAUGGGCACGCAUUUGAGUCUAUGUUUCACGAAUUUGAUAGCGAAAGCGAGCAAGAAGAACAACAGCAGCAACCAUCUUCUGAUGAUGAAGCACCUGUUGUUGUAAAAUAUUCAGAAGCUGGGCGCUCUUUACCGCGUCUUGAAACUUCCAAGCGUGAGAAGAAGCUAUUCAUGUCGUCCAAGGCACCAGCUUCCGUUGCCCAACGUUUGAUCGAAGAAAAGGCCGCCGCUGAAGCAGCUGCAGCAGCUCCUGAAGAGGAAGAGGAAGACAAGAUUUUGACACAAGAAGACCUUAAGAAUGAUCUUGAGCUGCAACGAUUACUCCGCGAGUCGCAUAUUCUCGCAGAUGCUGCUUCUCAGGGCAAACUUUCGGGCUACGACAUUUCAUCUGCAUAUGACGUUGAAGGUAGAAACGGCAAGAUGAGCGCCAUUACUGGUGGCAACAGUCCUGGUGUUGGCGGGUUAUUUGGCCAAGCUCGUGUCCAGACUAUGGAGAUGCGCAUGGAUCUUCUUGGUAUGAAGAAGAAACGUGAACGCGCUGUUAAUAUGAAGGUUCUACAGUCUAGGGCAGCUGAACUCAAGAAAGAACGUCGCCGUCAAAUCGACGAGGCCCGCGAGGCAGGAAUUAUUCUACCAACAAGCGUUCUCAAUGGCCCUGAAUCUAAGAAGAAAAAUAAAUCUGCCGACCGCGGUCUUAAGAUUCAACUGGUGGGCAAGCACACAAAACAUGGUCUCAGUAUUAGUAAAAAGGAGAUUGAGAGUGUUUCUGGCCCUUCAAGAGAUUAG